CACAAUCUACAACACUCGUAAAAAUCCCAACUUUUUUUCUUUCACACUUUUUUCACAUUCUUUUCAAAGAUGGCGAUUGAAGGAGAUGAAUUUGCAGUUGGGUGUUUACUAUCAAUCAAAACAACUUUUGGUGAAGAAUUUGAAGGCCAAAUCAUCACAUUUGAUCGCCAAUCAAACAUUCUUGUUCUUCAAGAAGGAUUGAAAUCAAACUCACAAUCACGCCGCAAUAUUAGGCUGCUUAAAGCUAAUUACAUCAAAGAAUUCAACUUUUUGGGCCAAUCUGAUGACCCACUUGAUCUUAACAAAUGUUAUCUUGAUCUUACUUCCUUACAAUCCAAAGAAGAUGCUGCUGUUAGGCAAGCAGAGAUAGAUGUUGAGAGGAUUGGUGUUGGUGUUACUGCUGAGGCUCAGAGCAUAUUUGAUGCUUUGUCGAAAACGAUGCCCGUUCGCUGGGAUAAGACUGUGAUUGUGGUGAUGAAAGAAGUUCGUGUUAGCAGUCCAUAUCUUGCUGAAUCUGUUACCGGUGGAACUCCUGCUGCCAAUGAGCGAGUGAGAAAAGUGCUUGAGUUUGAAAGGAGGAGGUUGCAAACUCGUUAAUGAACCUGGGGAUGGAAACAACAAGGUACCAAGUGGUGAUCAUUUUGAUUUGUGCCAUAUGGUCCACAGAAAUUGGGUUUGAGUUGACAGAAGCUUUCAACUUUUAUAAGCUGCCUUGUGUUUUUUCUUUGAUUGUACCCAUCAGUAAUAUAGUAUUCAGUCGGAUAUUUUCUGAGACUAAUUUCUACGUUCAACUCUUCAAGAUUUCAUGCUAA